CAUGUGUGCCCAGGGCUACGAACAGUCGAAUUCAUUAAAGCAGCCCUGCGUAAGGAAGCGAAACGUCGAAAAGUGCAAGAAAUGUCGAAGGGACAGCAGAAAAUUAACAAGGGAAAAGUAUUGUAAGAAUGACUAUGCUUUAUUCGUUGAAGUUCAAGACAGUUAUAAGCUAAGACAAGGAAACCAAAUAUGGAUGUGUCAUAAAAUCUAUGUUCAUAUGCGUUAUAAAACACCGUCACUAUUCAGUACUGUUGAAAAGGACGAUACGACAAAUGUUUGCAUACGCUUGAAGAAGAAUUCUUGCAUUUGUCCUAAGUUAAAAAAAGGCAAACCGUACUUUAUCUUGGCAAAGCAAAUGAGAAGUAAGAGAAGAAGAAGAAAUGAACGUUGGAAGGCAAGCGUUAGAAGUAGUUUAAGAUUGGAUCGUAGCAGUGUCGUAAUGAAAUGGAGGGGAACUUACAAAAUGGAAAGAAAAAUAGAAAAAUAUCAACAUCUAAAUAGAAUUGGGAUGUGUUAA